CCCCCCGGAACUGGACGCGGAUACAAGACUGACCUGUGACGUUAGUUAGAUGCACAAAUGAAGAUGCCAGAUGCACAGUCGCAUCGGUUAUGUUUCCUGAUUUUUGUAUGUGUUUUCCGUCUUGGGACAGCGGCAGAGGUUUCCGUAUGGAACGUGGAGAUAAACUCGACACAGGAUGCUGUUUUUCGAAAGACGCUGUACGCCAAUACCACCAUCUUCAUGAAGUUCCAGGGUGACCCGGCGUCAUGUGAUAGAAACCUGGCCUUCAACAUCAGUUGGUACCUCCGCUCCUCUGUUUGCUACAAUGAGGUCUUUAACACACCAGACAACAAAGCGAUGAACAUGUUUGGUAUGGACCACAUGCUGAAGGACGGUUGGAGUGGCUUCUACAGUCAGGGCUACAUGUACUUCGACAACUGCUCCUCCCUCUUCUUACCCAAGGUGUAUUACACAGACUUCAACCCAUAUCAGCCCCUCACGAGCCCAAAGAGCGACCCUUCAAAUCAGAGCCUUAUUUGGCCCGACAAGCCGGACAUCAGCGCCGUGGCCAAAGCUUGGGAGGACAGUCCAUAUCUGUUCAUAGUGAAGGUGCAGCCUUUGUUCCGCGGACUUGAGGAUGAAGACAUCGGGGCAGAGCAGCAGCUCAACUUUGCUUUCACAAUGAAAGUUGAGAUGAAGGGACAACAUGACUACUCUUCUCCAGCAGACUGGCCCCUGAUGAUGUUCUUCAUGGUCAUGUGCAUAGUGUAUGUGUUUUUCGGGGCUCUCUGGCUCUUCUGGUUCGCCUGCUAUUGGAGGGAUCUGCUGCGGAUCCAGUUCUGGAUCGGAGCUGUCAUCAUCCUCGGCAUGCUGGAAAAAGCUGUGUUUUACUCUGAAUACCAGAGCAUCCGUUACAAAGGAGACUACGUUCAAGGUGCUGUGAUCUUUGCUGAGCUGCUCUCUGCACUUAAAAGAUCUCUAGCCCGAAUCCUGGUCCUCAUUGUCAGCCUUGGCUAUGGCAUUGUCAAGCCAAGGUUGGGUACCACAGUGCACCGGCUGGUAGCCGUUGGGAUUCUCUACCUGCUCUUCUCCUCCGUGGAAGGUGUGCUAAGAGUGACUGGCGGUUUCUAUGGGACAGUCGCCCUGGUGGCUAAUCUCAGCCUCUCCCUUAUUGACUCCUGUGUCAUGUGGUGGAUUUUCAUCAGCCUGUCUCAAACCACGCGUCUCCUAAAGCUCCGCAGAAACGUUGUGAAACUCUCCUUGUAUCAGCACUUCACCAACACUCUCAUCUUCUCUGUUGUUGCGUCCAUCAUAUUCAUCAUCUGGACCACCAAGGUCUUCAAGCUGGUCGACUGCCAGACGGGUUGGAGGGACUUGUGGGUAGACGAUGCCUUCUGGCGGCUGCUGUUCUCCACCAUUCUGCUGGUUAUCAUGGUGCUGCUGCGGCCCUCUGCUAACAACCAGAGGUUCUCUCACUCUCCUCUGAUUGAUGAAGAUGAUGAAGAGGAAGAGGCCAAGGAGCCCAUGCUGAAUGAAGCUUUUGAGGGAAUGAAGAUGAGAGGCUCAAAGCCUGACUCUAAUGGCUCCCAGAAACUGUUGAGUAAAGAGGACGAAGACAUAAAAUGGGUUGAGGAGAACAUUCCUACAACUGUUGCUGAUGUAGCUCUCCCUGUAAUGCUGGAUGAGGAAGAGGAAAUCCUGAAAACCAAGAUGGAGCGAUCCAAAAUGGAGUAGACGUGAAAUGCGAGAGGAUAAUGUAUAGUGCAACUAUAAUAAGCUCAAAGAAGCACGGAAGAAGGGAGAGGGGUGAAACUGAAGCAAAUACACAGCAGAGCACUUUUGAACUAUUGUAUUUGUUUCAAAGAUGUUUCUUCAAUGUCACAAGCCUGACCAAAGUCCAGCAGACACUUGGCAUUUUACACAACACCCCUGUGGAAAAUAGAAUAUUUAUCAAAAUCCUGUCUAAUACGAUAUUUAACAUUUCAGAGAAGUUCCCCCACCCCGCUUCAAAUUGGCCGGAAGUGACCCCAAGCGUCUGAUUGGGCAAAUUUGUAGGAUGGUGAGGACUGAUUUCAAAUCUGUUCAAGUACAAAUCAUGAAGACGAUUUGGCGGUUGUCUCGGCCAGGAAAUCGGAUGAUUGUACGAAUGGAGGGGAAAACACCUGCUGAAAACGCCAAGUCAUUGUGCUUAAUAAGAUUCAAUGUAAGCCAACACAGCAUCGGACACUUAAGCUCAAGGUUCUUCGGAGAUGUGCCUGCGCCAUAAACUAAAUGUUAAAAAACAAAAAUUGCUGUUUUCAGCAGGUGUUUAUUGCGUGCAUUACAUAUUUAAUAGGUCACAUGAUGACAUAUAUUUCCUAUUUAAAUGAGCAAGCAGCUGUAUGGUAUGAUCAGUGUUGUGCUCGUUACUGAAAAAUAGUACUAACGUUACAGUUACUAGUUACCUCAUCACAAAAUCACCUAAAUUACUUUAUUUAUUACUUGCACCCAAAAAGGUAUUGUGUUACUAUGGAAAGUUAUUUUUUAAUGUCUACUUCGAAAUGCUGCCAUUGGUAAUGUGCCUAUAGCUUUCAUUUCAGUACUGUUGUUAUCUCCGCCAGGAUCUUGCGUUCGUGCGUCUGUCUGUCUUUCUGUCUGUCUGUCUGUCUGUCUGUCUGUGCUAAUCUCGCAAACACUAAAAAUAUUAGGCUUUUGGGUCCAGUAGUAUGCAAGAUCAGAUGCCGACACUGACAGAUAUGCACUCGCAGGACCAAAUGCAUGAUCCCAUCGCUUACACCUGGCGAAUGGCGAGAUAACUCAGAAGUAACGAGCCUUUCGGUAAAGGUAAUUCAGUUACUUAAUUUAAAAACAGAACGCGUUAGACUAGUUACUGCCAAAAGUAACUGAGUAACUGAGUCCCAACACUGGUUAUGAUUAAUCAUUUAGCCAGAUAACUUAAAAAAAAGUUUUAAUAUUUUUACCUAAUAAGUGAAGAUUUCCUGAGCUCAUUUCUUCUCACUUCUUCUUUCUGCACCAACAAAUGAUAUACUCUAUAUGUCUUAUUGUUAACACGUGAAUAACACUUUGUUGUCUGGCUAACUGAGUAAUCCUAACUAUCGAAAUAAAUAAUUUAUUGUUACUCUAUGUAAACACGGCUGCAUCAGCGAAUUAUGAUACUUGAAGCAUAUCACAGUUGUCAGGGUAAGACUAAGUGCUACAUUUGUGUAAUGGGGAUUCUUGUGUUAACAAGAACCCACCGUUUUCGGGGCUGGGAGAAUGGGAUGACCCUCUUGGUCAUGAAACUCUUUCAAAGCCAAGUAUGUACUAUCAUAAACAGAGUGUCAUCACAAGUAUUCAUAUUAUACGCCCAAGAGUGACACCAGAUCGCAGAGUUGCCAACUUUACACAACCAAAAAUAUAACUCCAACAUUUUACUGACAAAUGAGAGACGACAGAGAGUAGCGGUAAUGUAUGACCCUUAAACAAGAAAUUCCAGAUCCCUUUUUGAAGCUAAAGUAGUCAUGAGUCUAAAAUUAAGGAUGUUUAUUUUCAUCUCUCUUUUUAGCUUCUCCCAUAACUGCAGUGAUCUAGGUCCACUUCACUUUUUUUUUUAGCUACUGAAUCACAGAAUCCAUUGAUAAGCCUCACAGAUGUGGUGUGGGCCUAAAUUCAAAUAUACAUGUGAUUUACUGUACGUAUGUAAUCCUUUCUCACUCCCCCUCUACUGACUGGGCCAGAGUUGUGUUAAAGGUCCCAUGACAUGCUGCUUUUUGGAUGUUUUUAUAUAGGCCUUAGUGGUCCCCUAAUACUGUAUC